GCGAUACCACAUCCAAUGUGGCUCCGUGUAAUGUCAGCUGCAACAGCUCGUUCUCAGUAUCAACCCUGUGACCCACAUUCAUACCAGAGAUGUGGGUACGUGCUACGAGCGGGCGUGUAGAAAUAUUUCCCUUCUUCAUGUCAAGAACAGACAAGUCCUGGAGCUAACUCGCUGUUAACGCGGGGGAGGAGGAGGAGGAGGAGGUGUUGGUGGUGUGUGUGUGUGGUGUGUGUGUGUGUGUGUGUGUGGUGGGGGGGCGUUCAUCAAAAAAAAAAUUCUGAAAGGACUAUUUUUUUAUUUUUUUUACAGAGUUUAAAUCCACUUUUUUUUUUUUUUUUUUUUAAAACAAACAAAAAAACGCCAUAAUGGAGUUUCCCGAAGUGGCAGCGGCGACGUCUGGAGACAGCGUGCUCGACUAUUCCCGUCUGAGCCUGAACUCGUUCAGCGUUGACGGUGUCAGCGACGAGAGGAAGAGGGACACCAGGCAGCUCUACUUGAGCUACAACCGGCUCGCCUCGCUGCCCUCGUCGGUCAGCCUGUUCUGCAACCUGGAGUUUUUGGACAUCAGCAACAACGGACUGUCGGCCAUCUGCGACGGCGUCACGCGGCUGACCCGGCUGAGGACGCUGAUCGCCAAAAACAACCGCCUGGACGAGCUCUCGCUGCCCAAAGACUUCGGCUCCCUGCAGCUGGAGGUGUUGAACUUCAGUGGGAACCGCUUUGAGGAGAUCCCGCUGCAGUGCAUGAAGCUGACCCGGCUGCAGUCGCUUUCUCUCGGCGGAAACCGACUGAAAAGUAUACCCGCAGAAAUAGAGAACCUAACCAGUCUGGAGCUGUUGUAUCUGGGUGGAAACCUCAUUACAGCCAUUCCUCCAGAAGUGGCUAACCUGCCCUGGCUCAGCUACCUGGUCCUAUGUGACAACCGCAUCCAGAGUGUGCCGCCACAGCUCACCAGGCUCCACUCGCUGCGAUCUUUAAGUCUCCACAACAACCUGCUCACUUACCUGCCGAGGGAGAUCCUCUGCCUGGUGCACCUGCAAGAGCUCAGUCUCCGUGGCAACCCACUGGUGGUGCGCUUUGUCAAGGAGAUGACCUACGACCCCCCGUCCCUGCUAGAGUUGGCGGGACGUACCGUCAAGAGCCGAAAUAUACCCUACUACCCCUGCGACAUGCCCUCAAACCUUCUGCACUACCUAGACUUGGCCAGCAAGUGCCCCAACCCCAAGUGUGCCGGCGUCUACUUUGAUUCAUGGGUGCGGCAGAUCAAGUUUGUGGACUUCUGUGGAAAGUACCGGCUGCCCCUCAUGCACUACCUGUGCUCCCCGGAGUGCACCUCUCCCUGCAGCUCCAACCCCCAGAGCGACGCGGAGUCGGAGGAGGAGAGCAGCGUACCCGCAUACCGCCUGCAGAGGGUGCUUCUGGGAUAGUGCACCAUGGUGGAGCCUCUGACCCUCUGGAUGGGCCCAGCCCUGUCAGUCUAUCACUGUGUUCAACAUUUAUACAGCGAUGAACUCGGCUGUAAGACCUGACUGAACAUAAACGCGCAUACAAACACACACACUGUAUUACACCCUAUGCGGCUGUAUGAAGACAGAAUACCACCUGAGGAAAACACGUUGACUCAAUUUAAAGGAACUCUUUAGAAAGGAAUCCGUUCCCGCUCUCUCCACACAUCACCUUACAUAACAUGAGCAAAGGAGCCGUGUAAAGCCACAGUCUGUCAGUCACGACUCCAUCAAAGUGCUGGUCUCAUGGUCCAGCGUUAGAGCGGCAGGGUUAUUUUCCAUUCAGGGCAGCAAACUUUAUCUUUCACACAACACUUGGUGCUUUUUUUUGUAGAAACAGCGAAUUAUUCUGCAUUUUCUGCAAGUUUGGAUAUGAACAAUUGAUUUUGUCCAGCUACUGGUGACACACAGCCUGCUUUCAUUUAAAUGUAUCUCACUUGGUGAGCACCAAAGCUGCUAUGCCAACUGGGAAAAAAAGUCUGGGAUUUUCUAAGUAUAUCUGCUGAAACUUUGACCACAGUUUAACUACAGUGUUCUAAAUUGAUUGAGUAUGAUGUGUGAGACGACCUUAUUUACACUGUAUAUGUGGUCCUGCUGGACAACGGUUUCAUGCAGUUAGAUUCUCUCUCACAAUAUUAAAAGAUCCAGGUUAAUCUGGGUUUUUUUUACAGCAACGUGGUCAUUAUCAUACAGGUGUGAUACUUUUUGCAAUAAGGGCAUAGUUGUCUUAAAUUAAUCCAGAAUAUGGGUUGUGUGAGUAUGUUUAGGAAAGCUUGUCCAUGCUUACUCACAGGAAGUGGAUGUGGGUUGGACCAGGGAAAACCAUUCAGUGUGUUAGCACAGAAACAAUAGCUAUUGAGCAAAACACAGUGGCAGCCUUCAUGCUUGUGUUCAGGGCUGUUAGUUUUCUCUGCAAUAUAGAUGUGUGUGUGUGUGUGUGUGAGUGGGGGUGUGUGUGAGAGUGGAUGGAGUGUGUGUGUGUGUGUGUGUGUGUGUGUGUGUGUGUGUGUGUGUGUGUGUGUGUGUGUGUGUGUGUGUGUGUGUGUGUGUGUGUGUGUGUGUGUGUGUGUGUGUGUGUGGAGACAAAAGUCUGAUAUUUUUUAUUGUUUAUGGGAAAUCAAUCAUUUUUGAGACAUAACCCUUUAUUUCUGAAUGGAAAUGUCUAUUUCUGUUCCUGGUUACAUCUGGGCUUUGUCUUAUUACUUGUAUGGAAAGCUGGACAUUGUUAUUGCCUCCCAGACAGCUUGUGUCCACGAGUGAGGAAAAAAAAAAACUCCCGCCGGCUUCACAGUAGACCUUAAUGUUUAGAAAAUAGAAGAAUGCUCCUCUAUGUUACAGUAGCACUUAAACUAGAACAUUAAAGGGCUUUACUAAUAGUGACUUCUACCACAGUGAAACUGUAUGAAGAAAUGUGAUACAGGCCUAUGCACCCUGAAAUGUGACAAGAUUAACAUUAUGAUUAUUAAGUCCUUUUUUUGAGUGAUUUUUCUAUUCAUCAUCUUAACAACAGUACAAGAAACUUUUUUUUUUAUAACCAUAUGAAAUGCUUUUAUAGAAAUCCUUUUCUCAAAUGUUAAAUACUAAAUAUUUACAUGACAAGCAGAAUAGAUGGCACUUGAACAGAAUAUAUAUUAAGAUAUAUUAAUUGUAUUUACUUGUACCCCAUUCAGAUAAUGUAAGUAGACUGUACAGAACAUAAUGCCAAUAAUAAAGACUGAUUGUAAUAAC